CCAAUGCCGCUUGUCUUUCAAUAUAAAGAAUCUAACAUACCACACUUCUAAAUUUACUGCAAUUAUUAUAGUCCCUACAAUGGCAGCAGCUCAACCAUCAUCAUCUAAACAAAAUGAUCGGUCUUCGACGAGCUACCUCGAGGCCUACGACGAAUUGAUUCGAACCCUUCCCAUGGAAAAAGGCUGGUGGACCGAUCUUCACCGCUAUAAAGGCUUCUGGCUAACAUCUUUUGCUGCCAUUAAAGGGAUCAUGUUCAUGGAACAACACUUCAAGUCUCAGCCUGAAGAUAUCAUAUUAGCAGGCUACAUGAAAUGUGGUACUACCUGGCUUAAAUCUUUACUUUUCGCUACCAUAAAUCGACACCGUUUUGAGUUUUCCACACACCCUCUGCUCACCUCAAACCCUCAACAACUUUUUGUAAUCUUGGAUAUAAUCUUUAAGCAAGACGAUGAGUUACCAUAUGCAAACAAUUUCGAGGCUAUGCCAUCGCCUCGCCUUUUCGCUACGCACAUCCCUUAUAGUCUUCUCCCAGAGACUGUAACUCGUUCGGGCUGCAAAUUUGUUUACAUAUGCCGCGACCCGAAAGAUGUUUUAGUUUCGAAAUGGCACUUUGCUCAAAAGCUAAGGCUUAAAGGAAUACCACCUCUUUCAUUAGACGAAGCUUUUGAGAUGUUCUGUAAUGGAGUCUCCCAUUACGGACCGUUCUGGGAGCAUGUGUUAGAGUAUUGGAAAGCUAGCUUAGAAGCGCCGAAUAAGGUAUUGUUCUUGAGAUACGAGGAUCUAAAACGAGAGCCGGUGGCUCAGGUUAAGAGAUUGGCUGAGUUUUUGGGGAAACCCUUUUCAGUGGAAGAGGAGAGUGUUGUGGAUGAAAUUGUGAAGCUGUGCAGUUUGAACAAUCUGAGAAAUUUGGAGGUGAAUAAAAGUAAAAGGUUCAAUUCCGUGGUUAAAUAUUCGGAUUUCUUUAGGAGAGGUGAAGUUGGAGAUUGGAGAAAUCAUAUGACACUGGAAAUGGCUGAAAAACUUGAUCGUAUCACGAACGAGAAGCUACAUGGCUCGGGGUUAACCAGCUUGGCUCAUGCCUCUUAAUUAUUGUGUUGUAGAAAACAAAAGAUUCUGUUCGUUGAUCUGCUCAAGUUAGCUGUUUUUUUUGUUUCUAAUCAUGUUAAUUAAUUAAGUUGUUCAGGUUAUUUGUCUGUAUCAAGUUUUAAUAAUUUGCAAGCACAUGAUUCCGUUGUA